AUGGAUCAACACAAGCCAUUGAAGCAACUCCUUCGCUGCAGUGCCACCGUGAGGCCGCAGCACCGGUGCCCCGGGCAGAGGUGCUCUUUUCUCUCCAGACUUGGUUGCGGGAAAGCAAGAGUCAAUGCUGAACAGUUGGUGGUCAUUUUCUGUACAGCCCCAAGCAGCAGCACAUGGCAGAGCCUACCACACCAGAAGGCACUGAAAUUACUCAGUGUUUUCUGUUUUCCUGAAUGCUGCCCCAGCUGUGCAGAGCAGAAAAGUUCCUACCCACAGCUGGUUUGCAAGAGUUUUGUCAGCAAAGGUUCUGCCUCCUCAGUGCCUCAAGGGAAAAUCUUCCCCUGGUUUGACCUGACAGCUGCACAACUGAGACAUUUGGAGACUGUCUUACACAGGAACUCUUCAGCUGUAGUGGAGCCUGGUGUCAAGUUGGAUGGCAGGUCUUCAUUCUCCGCAGCUGCUUCUGGUGUAUUCUCAGAAAUUCCAGAGGAAACUGCUGGCUAUGAUUCUAAAUCUUCCUAA